GACACACAAAUUGAAUUUACGCGGGAAAUGUCGUUGAAAAGUCCUUGAAAUCUGCAUGUUUAUUUGCUAGUGAAAGAUCGACUGAGAUAUAUCUGCGUCGAUGACGCAAGAAUAAUGGACAUGACAGCAGGACUCGAUGAGGUGUGAAAACGUUCCUUACAUUGAGAUUUCUGUCUCAUAGCCUCGAUCCUAAUACAAAGAUCCGCAACUGUUAUAAGUGACGUACAUAGGACGUGCUUUUCGUUUGUCUUUUGGCUUGUUCAAAUUGUGGUGUAAGAUCUUUGCCAUAAAAACCCGAAUAUUCAUUGUGUGUCAUGGUUUUUAUGUCGUUUCAGCGUAUCGUAGAAGUGUUGUUUUCCUAUGAAUUGGACUAGCGGCUGCCCAAGACUCGAUAAAUUCUUUUCAUGCAUUUUGACUUAUUGUGUUGACAGUGUUAGGAGACAGAUCUUGUGUCCAUAAAUAAAAGGAUGGAGACCUGUGAACCAGUUCAGCAUUAAUCUGUCGCACGGUUGACACUGGAGCUAGUGAAUCGACGGAGCUCUCUCCAAAAUAUACGAGAAAGAGAAAUGUUUUCAUUCACGAUAUCGUUUUACGUUAUUCUAGCAACAAUCAGUAAUAUUGGAGUUGAGGCACAUUUUUGGGACCCAUGCAAAGCUGGUGGUUACCAGGGAGAUGUUGCGUUAUCUGACGAGGAUUUAAAAUACAUCACAUCAAGAAGGAGCAGGCGAGCAGUAACAAAUGAGCUUGAACGGAAGUGGCCAAAUGGGAUUGUACCAUACGAAAUUUCGAAAAAGUUCAACGGGUAUCAGAAAGCUAUUAUCGAAUCUGCCAUUCGCCACUGGGAAACAAACACAUGUAUUAGCUUCGUACCCAGACAAUCUGAGAAGGAGUACACAGUAUUUCAAAGUGAUGGUGGCUGUGGAUGCUGCUCGUAUGUUGGUCGAAUGGGUGACGGCGAGGGACAGGGGGUGAACCUCGCAGGAAACUGUAUACGGAAUGGCACCAUAGCCCAUGAAAUCGGCCAUCUAAUUGGAUUCUGGCACGAGCAUACGCGCCCGGACCGCGACAGCUACGUGGAAAUUGUGAAGGACAAUGUUCUUACAGGCGAGCUUAAAAACUUCCGAAAGUUGACAUUCGAUGAAGUCAAUUCGUUCAAGGUGCCAUACGAUUUCAACAGCAUCAUGCAUUAUUCAAAGACGACAUUUUCAAGGACAGGAUACGACAUUACAAUAAGACCACUUAAAGGAUUGUAUACCAAACCAAUUGGCCAGCGUGUCAGACUGAGUGAAAAGGACAUAAAGCAAGCGAAUCUUCUGUAUAACUGCCCGACAUGCGGAAGGACAAUGGUAGAGUCAUCCGGCAAUUUUUCCUUCUUGACAACGAAUAUGCGAAACCUUCAGCCCUUGACUUGCUUAUGGAGGGUGCUUUGGACGACGGGCGAGAAGUUGACUUUGAGAAUAAAGUCAAUUGAUUUUAAACAUAACUGCAGGAAGGUGUAUAUGGAGAUUAGGAAUGGUACAAAUGAGAAAUCUCCACUUUAUGGAAGAUAUUGCAGAGGAAAGAAACCACCAGAGACUAUUACCCUUGCCAACUCCGGUUUAUGGCUGAAGUUCCAUUAUGGAUACAAGUACUUUACAACAAGCAGAAUUGGCUUUACUGCAGAGUACACUGUAACUUGUAGUGGAGUGAUUCAAGCCGAAAAAGGCGAGUUGAUGUCACCUGGAUAUCCUGACAAUUACCAGCCGAAUAAGAAAUGUGACUGGUUGAUCGUUGUACCUAAGUCUGGAAAAGUGGCCGUGCGUUUCCAAAUGCUGGAUCUUGAAAAGAGUGAUGAUUGCGAAUACGAUCAUAUUGAACUGAGUGAUGGGAUAACUGGGAAGAGACUAGAAAAGCUGUGUGGAAAGAAGGCACCAAAGAAUUAUAUCGUUUCCACUGGGAAUAAGAUGAAAGUGAAGUUUAACACAGAUUCGGAUGUACAUCAUCGUGGAUUCGCAUUAACCUUUGUUACUGAAAUCGACGAGUGCGCUUCUGGAGCUCACAAUUGCUCGGAGAUCUGCAUAAACCGAAUCGAUGGCUAUGAAUGCCGUUGUCCAGGAGGUCAGGAGCUGCAUUCAAAUGGGCGUGAUUGUGAAAGGGCUUGUGGAAAGGUAUACAAACAGAACGAAGUCGAAGGAACGAUCCAGUCUCCGAGUUACCCAGAAAAUUACCCGAUCAACAGACACUGCAAAUGGGAAAUUCGUGCAAAAGAUGGUUACAAAAUAUCUCUAACGAUGAUUGCAUUUGACUUGGAAGAGAGUAAAGUUUGCAAUCCAAGUUACGAUUAUGUUGGGAUUGACACAGGAAGCUCUUCUGAAAAGUUUUGCGGAGCGAUGGAAACACCCAGAACGUUUGAAUCACAAUCUAAUCGAAUGAAAAUUGAGUUUAAUUCAGACAAUACAGUUUCUGGUAAAGGAUUCAAGGCCACUUUUAUGCACAUUCGCGACCACUGUGCAAAAAACAAUGGGAACUGUGACCAUAUUUGUGCAAAUGCUUUAGAAAAACCAAUCUGUAGCUGCAAUUAUGGAUACGUUUUGGACACAGACAAAAGACGUUGCAUCGCAGGUGCUUGUUCUACCAAGAUAAACAGUACAACAGGUAUAGGAUCAGUUUCGUCUCCAAACUAUCCAAGAAGCUAUCAAUCGGAAGAAAAAUGCAAGUGGGACGUGAUGACCUUGCCAGGCCAAAGAUUCAAUAUCAGUUUCGAUGAUAUCAUUUGUAACGAGCGCCUUUCAAGUAAACUGAUGGUGAAGUGGUUGGUUGGGAAAAAGACACAUCAAGAGUCAAUUUGCGAACAUAGUGGAAGAAAAAAUGUCAAUUUUCAGACCGAAGGAAAUAUGUUCAGUGUUGAAUUCAAGCUUGGAAAGAAUGAUAUGGGAGGAUUUAAGCUUUCUUACACUUCAUUCUGUGGUGGAACUUUCCGUGCUACAAGGAAGGUACAGAGUUUUUUCUCCCACAUCAAGUAUGGCUCUCAGAAUUACCCACCACAACAAGACUGUAUCUGGCGGAUUUCUGCACGAGGCAGAAGGCGGAAAGUUGAGCUUCGAUUGAAAAAGUUCCAACUCGAGGACAGUCCCUGCAAUUUUGACUUUGUAAAAAUAUACGAUGGAAAAGAUCUGGAUGAGCAGAAUUUGCUCGGUACCGAAUGCGGUCAUAAGCUUCACAAAUCUGAAUACAGAUCGAGUGGACGGGUAUUAACCGUGCAUUUCAAGUCGGACACAAGUGUAAGUGGUUCAGGAUUUGAAGCAGAAUAUGUUAAGCCGCGCCGCCUGACGAAGAGGCACCACAUCAGGCUCUACGAUCCUUUCAAAGAUGCAAUGUACCUUUCAAGAUCGAGGGAUUUGUAUUUUUAGUUACAGGCAAACAAAGAAGAAGCCGCGCUUUACCCGCGGUAAAUAUCAACGCACAAAGUGCCCCGCAGAAAAUUGUGUUGUAAACGCAGAAUAGGACAUGGUGUAAACAUGGUGUGGUGGGAACUCCUAGUGAGUGGGAGCAAUUUAUACCUCAAGAAUAUGUAGUUUUUCCGAAUAUGUCAGCCUUAUUAAAGAAAAUUGCUGAAUGCUCAGUUAAAAAGAGGCGACGUAGAUGAUCCAGAGAGCAUUUGUUUCAACCAAUUAUAAUGUAAGGUGGAAUUUCAAGAAAUGGAUAUCAAAUCUUUACUCCGCAGUGAAACAUUUGGUUUGGAUGCCUUUCAUCGUUCGUUCUUGGUUGUGAGGUUAAUGUGACAUCACAAGCUAAUUUCAUCAAACCACUGCUAAGUCAUUUAUAAGCGAAAUUUCGUCAAGAUGUGUCAGAAAUAUAUCGUCCACACUGCAAUGAGCUUUAUAGCUAAAAUUUUUCUUCAUGACUGCAACUUUCUUAUGGCUGGAGCUGCCUUGAAUGAAUAACUUCAAAAGCUGGGAACAUUACUGAAAUGAUGUAGAGAAAUUCUGCUACAGAUUUUAUUCCCGUUUAUUCUUUUUAAUUGGUAACUGAAGUUUACUCUCCAUUGUUAUUUAAUUCAAACGAACAGUACCAUUAUGAUAUGCUAUAGUUAAUUAAAUGAGCUUCAAAAUACAGUAGUUCAACAGUUUAGAUAUAGACAUUUCCAUUUUUCCAAAGUAGGAGAACAAAGAUGAUAAUAAUUUUGUAAUCUGGAUAAGAAUUCGAAAAUCGCUCUUCCUGCAACUUUUAACAGCCAUUUUCGCAUACAUACUAAGGUAUUUAUAGUUUAUUAAUACUUAAACAUUCCGUAUAUACUUUAAAUUUAUAGAUAGAAUUUCGUGUUAUUUAAAUUCCGCUGAAUUAUCAAUUAAAUAUACAAUUUGAACUUGCUGUAAAGAUCUUUCUUCUUCUCUUAAGGUUACAUUUACUAAUAUUUGCCAUCUUAAAAGUUUCAGUGCUUUUUUCCGCGUUGGAUUUGUGCCCAAUUUCUUCGACGAGUGAAUAUCAAAUUAAACUAUAAUAUUGUCACGAUGAACCUUUUUCACGGAAACCUGAUGAAAUGAUUCUAUGGAAAAUCAAAAGAGUUUCGCCACAUGUUCACUUGAAGCAGUUUUAAUACGGUCACAUGAGAUGUAGCUUGAUUCCCAUUGGUUCCUGCAACUUUUACGAAUGUUUUGUUUGGAGACUUGGGUAGGGAAUAACAGCAAAAUAUUUUCAAAGUAAUGGAAUUAUUUGCUGGGGCCCCCGCAAUCGCCUCGCUGUUUGCCACUCUGUUAAAAUCUAGUAGCCAUUAGUUUUAUUUUUAAAACCUUACUUUUAAAUACUUAUGUUUUUAAAACCACAUAUUGUCUAACAUCACUCAAAGAAUUUUCCAUGAACGGUUCUUAAGAUGAUUGACUAGAAUCAAAGAACUAUAGACUUACGCAUUAAAUUGCUGCGUCAAUACAGGCUUUCUCGUUCCUUUCCAAUUUAAGAAAUAGGUUUAUUUACUACUUUUUGGUAUAAAUGUAGUGCGAUUCCUUGGGAAUGUUUCUUGGGAACGUUUCAUUAGGAAUCCCACUUUCAAUAUUUUACCAAAUAAUAAAUCUAUAAAAUUGUGAGUCUUUUGCUUAAAGAUAACAUUGGUACAACGUGUUACUUUUCGUGUUGCUAGGAACCUUCGAGCCCUAGAGGUUUAAGGAAUCCGCCAAAAGCUAUCGCCUUGAAUACAUUUUGUAAGACAGAUUCUCUGCAAUGUAGCAGUAAAUAUCUGUAAUAAGAGAUGACGGUCAGGGUCAUUUGAACCAACCAUUUUAGUAAUCAAAUUGGCUUAUUUUUAUAGGAUGGCGGCCAUGUUAUUAUAAAAAGGCGACGCUAGUUCAUAGUUAAAAGGAAAUAGUAAUAGCUUAGACUGGGGUUAAUCGCCCUAUAGUAAGUAUGCUAAAACGCCUUUAUUGCAUUUUUAACUGAUCUAAUUAUUUCGGAACCCUGUCACAAGCAAUAUGUUGAUUAAUUUUCUGCAAUGCUAGAUUUCUGUAAAAACUUAUCUCCGUAAGCAGAAAAGGCAGAUAUUUAUUUCAAAGAAACUUUCACCUUUAAAGCCCGUUAAAGGUUUUUUGUGUUUCAACAUUCAAGAAAUCUAGUUGUAAAUCUCGCUGUUCCUAUGUUAGAUAUUUGGCUGUUGUUGUCCCUGAGGCUUCUUUGAUGCAGUCGGAUCAGAGUUUAUGACUGCAACUAUUAUCUUCAAAUGUUGUUGGUUUAACGGUUAAGCCUUGUAAGCAGUUUGCCUGUAAUUCAAUAGCAAUGUAAUAUUUGGGGGAAGUAGUUAAUCUUAUUGUUUAUAUUAUUUCAUUUGCAAAUUUUGGCGAUUGUUUGACGUAUGAUAUCUUGUACCUAUAUUGUAUAUAAAUAUUAAAUGAACUAUAAGAAA